AUGUUGAAUCGUGAUGUGCAGUUCAUGGCUGCUUGCGUAGCUGGAUUAGAGAAUCGUCCAUUCCAUUACUGCGUUAAUGCUACAUGGAUAAAUGGAGUGAAAGGAGGUCACAGCAUUACGGAAGACAGUUUUCGAAAGUUCUACGAGGAUUGUCACAUGUUUCCCCUACCUACUAAGAUUGAUAAGUCGGAAAUAAGUGAGGAUGAUGAGUCCAAACUAGAUUGGGACAACUGA